GGAUGACGUAUACCUCAGGAAACGCUGUUUAUCGUACUUAAGGGACUAAAUCGGGCUGUUUUCGGACUUAAACACUUAAACCGAGGCUCGUGUGGACGGUAGCGACCUUUGGAGGCGGUGCGGACGGUGCUGAUGCUGGCCCUGGCCCUGAUGCGCCCGGCUGUGGAUGUGUCUGUCCCUGAACAUCGCUACCUCACCGCCAGCUAGCCGCCUGUGAGCGGACGAUGCAGUUCAUUCAUUUCGGCUAACGCUAGCUGCAGCGGCGGUUCGUGCUCACCUGAGCAGCUCUGAGCUUCUCCUCUACCUUAUUACUUCUAGCUGCUGACGAAAGCCGCUGUAACGUGAAUCAGGUUUACAAAAAAAUCACUUUUACGGUAACUGUUAUGGAUUACGAGCAUAAAGCGAAGGAAGUGGCUGACUGUUUGCUGAGCUACAAGAGAGAUGAGUCCGGAUGGAAAGUCUGCAAGAAAUCGAAUGAUGUGAUUGUGUCAUGGCGUCCCUCGUCUGAGUUCCCUGGGAAUGUUUAUAAGGGCGAGGGGAUCAUCAGUGGCAGUCCGGAGAAAGUGUGGGAAUGUCUGAAACCAGCACCCAAUGGGCUCAGAGUCAAAUGGGACAACAAUGUCAAAAAGUUUGAGCUUCUGGAACAAAUCACAGAGGACAUCUCUAUCUGCCGAACAGUCACGCCCUCAGCAGCUAUGGGUAUCAUAGCUCCACGAGACUUUGUAGAUGUUAUUUUAGUUAAGCAAUACGAAGAUGGCACCAUUUCAUCAAAUGCUACCAAUGUGAGUCACCCCGGCUGUCCUCCCCAGUCUGGCUACGUGAGAGGAUUCAACCAUCCAUGUGGUUGCAUCUGUGUCCCCAUCUCAGGAGAGCCCAACAAAACCCAGGUGUUCAGUUUCUUCCAGACAGACUUGGGUGGCUUCCUCCCUCGCUCAGUGGUCGACUCGUUCUUCCCCUCCAGCAUGACAGAGUUCUACAGCAACUUGACCAAGUCGGUUAAAUCCCUCAAAGACCUUUGACACCGAGCAUUAAGAAGUCCACAUCAAGCCUGAGGCCUGCUGAACAGUCAGGCCACAGAUGUCCAUUCCAUUUUAAACAGUCCAAUCCAACAACGGUUAGCACUCUGAGAUUAUCAAAGAUGCCAAAUAUUCAAUUUAAAUAGAUCUAGUCCAUACUUUAUGUUAUGUGCAUUCCUUAAUUCCUGUGUUACUGUAGGAGGAGUCUAGUAAGUCUUUAACAGUCAGCACUAAUAUUUGAGAAGUUCUCUCACGAGAACAAGGGCUUGCAUUUGACAGACUUUAGAAUUAAAACUCCCUUUACAUUCCCUUAUGUGGGAUCAAUUUAGUUCCUCUAAUCUUAAAGAAAGUAGAUGUAACAUAUAUUUGUAGAUGUGCUACAAGUACAUAAUUUUCCUUUUUACCAGAUAAUUGUGGCACCAGAUAUUUCCUUUUUUUAAUUGCAUACUUCAGUGUAUACAGUAAACAUGCAUGUUGCAUGGAUUUUAUUGACCCUGUGCUGAUAUCAGACUCUUACCUCAUAUUUACUUGUUUGUAUUGUGCUUGAAAUGACAUAGUUUUGCUGAUUUUUGGUCACCUGUAAACCAUGAAUACCUGCCUUUAAAAUGCAGCUACACUGAAGCACUAAAGCACAGAUGGGAUGCCAAAGGUGGGGUUUUUUUUGGUUUUAUCUUUUUAAUCUCUAGAAUAUCUUUUGAGUAAGACAUGUGUAGUGCUGCUCUACAAAGCAGAAAUGUGUCUGCCCCCUUUUUUCAUAGCAGGAUUUCUGUAGUACAUUUCCCUUUCUUCUUCCCCAUAUACAUGCAUAUAUAUUAUUUGUUUGUAGUUAGUGUUUUAUUCUGGCUAACUAGACUCACAAAACUGAUCAGCAGCUGCCUGAUUACUUAGUCCAGCUAUUACCAGGUAUUUUAUUUAAUAAUAAGGGAUGACACAUUCGGUAAAACCCAUCUAACAUGGACAAAUGCCAAUCAUGUUUAUGAUUCCUAAGUUGAUGACGCUGAUGUGGAUACAUGCUUGUGUCAAAUAAAAUAAUUUAGGAUGUAAAGGAA